AUGUUGCGUCUUUGUAAAGUGUGGCUGCGGGUGCAGUCGCACCAGAAAAAGCGGUCGCAGCACCCCAACGCAGGCACACGGUUUGGUCGUGUGUACAACCGUGGGUUUAUUCGGUACGGUUUUGGUGGCUUCGGCAUGAGUGUUUACACACCUAAGAAGGAUCGCACCUUUCGUGUCCAGCCGCUACCCCUUUUGUCUGGAAACGUGUUUGCAGACGACACAUCUUUGGUGCCCACCACAAGAACGUUGUCUCCUAACUUUCGUGCCUUUGCGCUGCAGGACGGCGGAGUACUUUUUUCUCACCCGUCCCAUGAACAAAUUAUGCGCUGGGGACAGGGCGUGCUGACGGAGGAGACAAAGGCCACGGGUAUGACUUCCAUGGACAACUACGUCAACUCCCGUAUUCAGUCUAUCAUAGCAGAGAACACUGUGGAAAAUGUUGCGCUAAGUCAUUGGCGUCGGCGACACAUGUGGAACCUUAUCAAGUCACAUGGGAAACUGCAGCGACGAUGGGGCGUGUCGGAUGAAACGAAAGGUGCCCGUUCAAACAUUUACGGCCGCUCGGGAUGA